GAGAGAGAGAGAGAGAGAGAGAGAGAGUGCGAGCGAGAGCGAGAGGUAGUCAGGGCUAUUCAGUGCCUCACUGACACAGAAAGACAGAAGUCCAUUUGAGCGCUGUGAAAGGGGGGGAGCGUUUGUGUACAAGUGCUUGAGCGGCCGGGAGUGUGUGUUGUGUGUUGGUCAGUGUGCGUGUGUGAGAACGAGAGAGGAGUUCUCAGACUCAACAAGCCUGUUACUGCUUGAUGUAGACGUUUUUGUGUCCACACACGCUCAAACACACACACAUACGCGCAUACAGAGAAACGUACGCGUGCAGACGGAUACUCUGGAGAAAACUUUCCGCGCGGGUGGUUGCUUCUGUUCACAGAUGGAGUUUUUACCGGAUCGACUCUGAGGAAUACACACGUUUUGGACACACACACACACACACACACACACACACACACACUCACACAUUCAGACGAAUACACUAACAGGCAAGCGCAUACACGCACACACGCGCGCGCACAGCACGGGAGUUUGGAUAUGAUAUGCUGGAGUUUGCUGGGAGUCCUCUUCAGUCUCAAGUCAGGACUUUUCCAUCGGAGGAGGCAGCAUGCCCACUGAAGAGUACUCCUUCUCCUCGGAUGUGCUGUCCCCACUGCCGGAGAUUGCAUCUGGAGGAGGAGGGGCGGUGCUAACCUCGGCCUCCCUCACCGGCAGCCCAAUCAGAAACUCCCUCAUCUACAGUAGUCCCACCCACCACCAUCACCACCACCACCACCACCACCCAAUCACCAUGGACUCCCACUCCUCGCACCACGCCGAUCGGCCUAUCAGCUACACCUCCACCUCGUCCUCUGCCUCCUCCCGGGACAGCCACUGCUCAUUGGGCGGCGGCCGCUCCAUCUUAGGCCCCGCCCCCCACGACCACAGAGACCGCGACGCCGGCGCCAUCCGAUUGGAGCUGGUGCCCGCCCGUCAACUGGCGGACGAGGAAGAGGGCAGCAGUGGAGGAGGGGGGAAGAAGGGUCCAGGGGGGACGCAGACAGGCCGACAGGACCCCGAUGGGGAGGGACAUGGAGACGGGGAGAGGCAGGGGGGGGCCCAGACGCCGGAUGGGGAUGGGGGCCCUAAAGUGUCCUAUGUGGACAGGGUGGUGCAGGAGAUACUGGACACGGAGAGGACCUACGUGCAUGACCUGAGGAGCAUCGCACAGGACUACCUGGACUGUAUCAUAAACGACACGCGUAUGCUUCUGGGGGUGGAGGAGAGGACGUCUCUUUUUGGAAACAUCCAGGAGAUCUAUCGCUUCAACAGUGCUUUACUUCAUGAUCUGGAGAAGUGCCACUCUGACCCAGUGGGCAUUGCAGAGUGUUUCGUCGCCAAGAGUGAGGACUUCCAUAUCUACACACAGUACUGCACAAACUACCCAAGGUCGGUGGCGGUGCUAACGGACUGCAUGAGGAAUAAGAGCAUCGCCAAGUUCCUGCGUGAGCGCCAGGAGAGUCUGAAGCACUCGCUACCGCUGGGCUCCUACCUACUCAAACCAGUACAGAGGAUCCUCAAAUACCAUCUACUGUUACACGAGAUAGCCAACCACCUGCCUAAGGACACAGAGAUGUACGAGGUGGUUCUGGAGGCCAUUGACACCAUGCAGAGGGUGGCCUGGCACAUCAACGACAUGAAGAGGAAACACGAACACGCCGUCAGACUGCAGGAGAUCCAGAGCCUGCUGACCAAUUGGAAGGGCCCGGACCUGGUGGGCUACGGUGAGCUGGUUCUGGAGGGAACCUUCCGGAUCCAGAGGGCCAAGAAUGAGAGAACGCUCUUCCUGUUCGACAAGCUGCUGCUCAUCACCAAGAAGAGAGAGGAGACCUACACUUACAAAGCACACAUCCUGUGUUGUAACCUGAUGCUGGUGGAGAUUAUCCCGAAGGAGCCGCUCAGCUUCAGCGUCUUCCACUACAAGAACCCCAAACUACAGCACACAGUGCAGGCCAAGUCUCAGCAGGACAAGCGUUUAUGGAUGCUGCACCUCAAGAGGCUGAUCCUGGAGAACCACCCAGCCAAGAUCCCCGCCAAGGCCAAGCAAGCCAUUCUGGAGAUGGAUGCUGCCCAUCACCCAGGGUUCCACUUCAGUCCCGAUGGGGAGAACAAGGGCUCCGCCCACACCAAGGAAGGCCCCUCCCCUCGCCGUGGACGCCGGAAGUCAGAACCGCUCUCCAAACUACUGAAGAACUCCAAACAAUCCGUGACCAGCCCAGAUGCACAAAAGCGCUCCAGCUUGGGAGCCACUCUGCUGACCCCAGUGUUGACCCUUGGCUCCAUUGGCCGCUCUCGGAGCCUGGUCAGCCAAUCGCACGAGUCCCUGGACCCCUGUGACCAUGGCGACAUGAGUGACAGGGAGGACGCUGAGGGAAGCCACCAGCAGGAUGCGGACGAUGAGGAUGAGAGCGGAAUGGGCUCAGCAAGGAAGCUCCGAGUACCUGGUAAGAGCAGCAGGAAACGCCUGAAUGCUCAAGCGUCGGUGGAUUGCAUAGACGCCCUCCGAGACCACAACCACCCAGACCUGCAGACGGCCAAGGAGUCCCUGCAGAUGGACCCGAGCGAGGCCCCUGCCCUGCGGGUGUCCAGUCCGGCCGAGUCCCCCAGCGGCGUCACCAUGCCCAACAUCUGGGCCGACCACCGGGUGCGGCGCGCCAUGUUCCCCACCCGCCAGGCCACCAUGCAGGUGGACGACGACGAGGACAUCUACCAGAUGUUCAUGCCGCCGGAGACGGGCGCCGAGCACGAGAGCGACCGCGAGUCUACCGAGUCGACCUCCGGGGCUGGCCCCGGCAACGCCGAUCCUCCUCCCGCUCCCGCUCCUCCUCCACCUGCUCCUGCUCCGAGUCGGCCCUGCAGCUGGCACGAGCAGAGGGUGGCGCCACCGCAGCGGGUGGUGCGCCUGAACGUCCCGGGGCAAACGGGGAACAGGGGCGUCCUCCGCCGUGCCAACAGCUUUGGCGAACAGCAGAGCCCCGAGACCAUCCCCAAAGGCCACAGCCGCAUGGACGCCCAAGACCACCAUCACCACAACAGCCAGGGCGAGUCGUCCAGCAACGAGAUCUCGGGCUCGUCGUCGGCCGAGCAGCUGACCAUCGACGACAUCGAGAACGUCUACGACAACAUCAGCCUGGAGGAGCUGCAGGCCAUGGGACUCGUGCGGAGGGAGUCGGAGGCCAGCGUUGGCGGCAAGUCUGCCCCAGGGCCGGCAACGUCACAGGUCAAAAGCCCCGCGGUGGCAGAACACAAUGCUGCUGCCGACAGCAAGCGCUCCUCGACCUCCACACAGGAGGGGACAACGGCGACGGACACGUGCGAGUUGAAAAUAGUCGAAGAAGAAGCGAUCUAUGACACCAUCACCUUAAUCGUGCCUCCUCUUCCUGCACGAGCACCACCGAAGCUAAAAGAGGAGACACUCUCCAGGCCUGGGCACGACAGCACGAUCCUGAGCUCCACCACGGACCUCUCGAUCAACGAGAGCUUUGGGAUGAGCGUGUCUGCCUCCGAGGAAAGCUUGUUGCGAAUCGAAGAUGAUGACGUUGCGUCGCACGUCAGCGCGUCCGCGUCUGUCGUCUCAGAAACGACCGUCCUGUCACCUUCCGUGCCACCCUCAGAAGGAAGUGGGAAGCAAGAGCAGCAAGAGCAGCGACGUCCCAGCGUGGCCUCGGACCGCAUGUCCGAGCAGGUGGACGCCAUCUGGAACGACCUGGAGAACUACAUCCGGGACAACGAGCGGAAGGCCGACAAACUUCCCGCCGCUUUCCCGGUGUCCGUGUCCGGGCACGACGCCGCUGCCAAGUGCCGCUCUGCCACGUCCUCGCCGCAACGGAAGCCGCUCUCUGCCAAGACGAACCCCAAAGCGGGCAACGUUGCGGGAACGCCGCUGACGCGAUCCAUGAGCCCGCCGUGCACCUUCAAAAUCCCCAGUCUGAAGAUUCCUGAGCUAAGGAGGGAGUACUCCUUUGAAAUCGACGACACGCUUACGCUCAGCACAGCCCCUGCUGCUGUGUCUGCUACUGCUACUGCUACUGCUACUGCGCAGACCCCGUCAGAUCCGUCAGCGCCCCUCUCCAGUACUCCGAAGAGUAAACCACCGGCAAUUAAGUCGUGCACCUCUCUGCCUCAGCCUUCGAAAGGUUCUGAGGUGGUUCCCCAACCCCUUCCUCCUAAACAGAAAUCUGCUCGACCCACUAGCCAGACUCAUCCACUCCCACCCAAGCCAGUGCAGCCGCCACCUAAACCCGCCCUGAUUCAACCUGCUCCGACCCAAACUCACCAGGCUCCCCCUACCACAACAAGCACCACAGCACCUGCACAAAGUCACCCAGUUCCCCCGGCAACAGCAACAGUUAAGACUCACCACAUUGCACCGGGCACAACAGCCCCAACACAGCAUCACAUUCCCCAAACACCACCAGCCCAAACACAGCAGCACAUCCCAGCAACCACAGCCCAAGCUCACCAUGUUGCCCCACCACCAACCACAGCCCAAUCCCAACAGGUUGCUUUGACAACCACAGUUCAAACUCAGCACAUGACCCCAGCCACAACAACAGCACAAACUCACAAAGUUCACCCGACACCUGCAACCCAAACCCAAACCCAACCUACAGCUCCAAUGAGCACAGUCCAAGCACAACCCUUACCCCCAAUACCAAGUCCUGCUGACACACACCCCACCGCACCUUACCCGCCUCACCCAACUCCUCCGUCAGCCUCUCCAUCUCCAUUUCAACCACUUGCCCCCUCAUCAUCCAUACCCGCCAUCAAUGUCAUCCCUGAGGUCCCCGAGCCCCCUCCCCCGACCACCUCAGUCAAGAGCAUCCGCAACAGACUGGCCCGCCUGAGCAGCGGAAGCUUCCGGAUGGACGACGAGGACGAGCUGGUGGAGCUGAGCGUGGCGCCGGCUCCGUCCAUUCAGAAGGAGCUCCAGAACCUCUUCCCGGGCCUGGAGGGCACCCUCUUCCCCCCCUGCACUGACCUGCAGCUCCUCGCAGCCGAGGCAGGGGACCAGCUGCUGGACCUGGACAAGUCUAAGAACCGGGUCUUCCUCAUGGCCCGGCAGUACAGCCAGAAGAUCAAGAAGGCCAACCAGCUGCUGAAGAUGAAGAGCAUGGACGUGGAGCCCAGCUGCAUGAGGUCCAGCCCCAGCAGCAGCUCGCGCUCCAAACAAAAGGACCUGGCCGACAUCCUUGAGGAGAAGAAGCAAGGUGGAGCCGCCAUAGGAGCACGGAUAGCUGGGUACUCUCAGCUGUACGACGAGGUCAUGUUCAAGGAGGCCCCCGGGUCUCUUGCCUCCCCCAGGCGCUGCCACCCAGGCAGCAGGGCGCUGUCCGUACCCCAUGGCCCUCGCCUCGUCUCCUCCCCCUCGAUGCCCGAGCGGGCCACCCUGGAAGAGGCCAUGCUCAGCUGUGCCUACAGCAACGGGGAGCUGGCAGAGUUCUUCAACUGGACUAGAGAGCUGCCAGAACCACCAUCCAACCAACAGCCCCAGUCCCAGUCCCAGUCGCAGCAGCAGCUGUCCAACCCUCAGAAGAAGAUGGGUCCAGCUGUGUCCGUCCCAGCCCUCAAGAACCUCCCACCCACUCCCUGCAGCCCUCCCAAUCAGCGCUGGAGCACGUGCGUGAGCACCCCGUCACAGGACGACCCAGAGCACAUCUACAGCACGUUGGGGUUAGGCUCGGCGGCCCGCUCGGCCAAAGACCCGCCCUACACCCGCUGUCAGUCUUCUUCCUCGUUGGCUGACCAGCGCGAGAAGGAAAACAGCGGAGGGGUGGCCAACCUUCCACGGGACCACAUGGGCCAAUCAGGUCAGGGCCAGGCAGGUGUUCCGGUGAGUGAGGCCACGAGCAACGGAAGAGGCCCCGGUCCCAGUCUCAGUGGUGGUGUGGGCCCGCGCCGGCGCAGUCUUCCAGACUCGCCUCCGACCUCUGAGCUCACACUGCGCGACUCGCAGCAAGUGCUGGUGCUGAACCGCGUCCAGCCGCUUGGCACCGCCACCGCCACGCGGAACUACCUGGCCAACUUCCGCGACAACGGUGACGACGACGACGACGACGACUAUGUGGAGAUCCGCUCGGAGGACGAGAGUGAGGCGGAACGAGAGCGAGGGCAAGGGCAAGGGCAAGGACAAGGGCGUCCCCCGCAGACCCAGAGCCUGCCCUGCAGUCCUAGCAAGAGCGCCCACGGUCAUACAGCCACGGCCACUGCAGCUGUGGCCGAACGUGGUCGUGACCACCUGAAAGACUACCAGUGGAACGAACCGGAACAGCACGAGCAAAGCCUCAGCAAUCAGCCGAACCUUGUGCACUCACUCCGGGAAAAGAUCCACUGUCUUAGCUCCAGCAGCUUCGCCUGAAGGCGGCUGGGUUUAGGGGCUGUGGUGCGGUGCAGUGCAGUGUGGGGUGGGGAUAGCUUAGCGAUAUACUGCAGCCAUGUUGCUGCCAAAAGCGUAGUAAGCUUUAGUGCUCUCGUUGAACUUAAUACAUGCUGAAGGAACACAAUUGCAGAUGAUGUGUGAUGAGCCCGCAAAUUGACAUCAAUUGGACGUUUGUUGGAACUACAAUAAUGCCAUUACUACUUUGUGUAAGCCCAUGCUAUAUUGUGUAUCCUAUAGGCUAGUUUUUCUCAACGGGGGUGCUACAGCCCCCCAGGGGGCGUUGAGAAGGAUACAGCUGAGUGGGGCGGGGCUUAGUUCCCAUUGGGGUGCAUUAGUCUAUCUUAUUUUUUAAUACUAAGGGGGGCAGUGGCAGGCUUAUCAUGAGGUCAAGGGGGCGUUGGGAGGCUUAUGAUGAGGCCGAGGGGGCGUUUGUUGAGAACCACUGCUAUUGGGCAAUUACAUACUGUACACUACAGAGACACUAUACGACACCUAAAGUAUAACACACCUGACAGCACAUUCACACGACAGAUUUACUCUUGCAAUUCGGAUAACAGAGUAAAUUUAGUCGCGCCCAGGAUUGUGCAUACUAUGGAAUAGCAGGUCUGUAUCUGCGUGUAGGAAAAAUACUGUAUGUUUAUGUUUGGUUGGGUUUAUUUACUCAUCUGAGUAGAAAUUGCUCACACAUAAGCAUCCACAACACACACACACACAGACAACGUGAAAUAUGUAUUUUAAAGCAUGAUCUACAGGAUGAUUUGUAGUUUUAUUGACAAAUACACAAAAAUAUCCACUAGGCUAGAACACUAGGGUACAGAUGUAAAAAAAUAUAU